AUGAAUAUUUUAUUUAUCCUCCCGUUACUAUUGCCUCUCAGCUAUUGUGAAUUCGCGUUAAACAAUACAAAAGUCGAAGGAAACCCUUACAAAAAACAUCUUUUCGAUGACCUUCUGAGCAACUACAAUCGGCUGAUCAGACCAGUCCAAAACCAUUCGGAGAACUUGACCGUUUGGAUGGGUUUAAAACUCACUCAGCUAACCGAAAUGAAUCUCAAAAGUCAAGUGAUGACAACGAGUGUGUGGUUGAUCCAGAAAUGGUUCGACUGCAAUUUGAAAUGGGAUCCCAAAGACUAUGGUGGCUUAGACAAGUUAUACGUGCCAUCGGAUCAUAUUUGGUUGCCCGACAUAGUUUUGUUUAACAAUGCCGACGGGAACUACGAAGUAACCUUGAUGACAAAAGCUGUGCUCAAGUAUACCGGUGAAGUAUUAUGGUCACCUCCGGCCAUCUACAAAUCAUACUGCGAGAUAAACGUUCUGUACUUUCCGUUUGACGAACAGAACUGUUAUAUGAUGUUCGGUUCGUGGACGUACAACGGAAAUCAGGUAGACUUGAGGCACAUCGACCAAUCGCAGGGCAGAAACCGCGUGGAUGUUGGCAUUGAUCUAAGCGAAUUCUAUCUAUCCGUCGAAUGGGAUUUACUCGAAGUCCCUGCAGUCAGGAACGAAGAGUUCUAUUCUUGUUGCUCAGAAUCGUAUACGGACAUAACUUUCAACAUAAAGAUGCGACGCAAGACUUUGUUCUACACUGUUAAUCUGAUCAUUCCGUGCGUCGGACUGACAUUCAUGACGGUGUUGGUGUUCUAUUUGCCGUCUGACUCUGGUGAAAAGGUGACACUGUGCAGUAACAUUCUAGUGUCGUUGACUGUGUUCUUCUUGCUGCUAGCCGAGAUCAUCCCCCCGACGUCUCUGGCCGUUCCACUCCUCGGCAAGUACUUGUUGUUUACCAUGGUUCUAGUGUCCAUGUCGAUCGGCAUGACCGUCGUCGUUUUAAACAUCCAUUUCCGGUCACCAUCAACCCACACCCUGUCACCUUGGGUGAGAACCGUGUUUCUGCACAUGAUGCCACAGAUACUGAUGAUGCGCCGACCGCCGUAUUCGCUGAUGACCAACGACGGAUUCCAAAGCUCACCCGGUUACUUCAACGAACUGGACUACAGUCGAGACAGCAUAAGCGAUAGCGGUGGAACCGAUCAGAAACCUCCAUCUUUGACCCAGAGACACUGGUCCUUCAAAAAAAUUCAAUCUGUACAGCCUCACAAUUAUCCGGAGAAUGUAAUGCCAAAGACAAUGUCCCCAGAUCUACUCAAGGCUUUACAAGGGGUCUGUUAUAUUGCUCAACAUAUAAAAGACGCAGACAAAGAUAAAGAGGUGAUCGAGGACUGGAAGUACGUGUCGAUGGUGUUCGACCGGUUCUUCCUGUGGGUGUUCACUCUAGCCUGUAUAGUGGGAACAUGCGCCAUAAUAUUCCAGGCACCCUCGCUGUACGACCAACGGCAACCCAUCGACUUCCAGCUGUCCAGCAUACCCCGCCGCCGGAGCAACCUGGCACUACCUCAUGAAAUCGACUUUUACGAGCGCACCUAUGGUGCCAACUAGAGUAUCUAACUAUUGCAUUUUAUAGAUAUAUCCGUUGUAAUCCCACUGCAGGCUCAUUUUAAUAUGUACAUAAUUAAAUAUAUAUAUAUACUUAUAAACCUACGUAGCCAUGUAGAUAACGAA